AUGCCUCAGAAAGUCUUUAUCACUGGAGCCGCAGGCUUUAUCGGCUCAGCCGUGACUGCAGAGCUCAUUUCUCAUGGCUACGAAGUCCUGGGUCUAGCUCGCAGUGACAGUGCUGCAGAAACAGUCACCAAGAAUGGCGGGAAGCCUCACAAGGGCGAUCUCGAGGAUCUGGAGAGUCUGAAGUCUGGGGCGGCUGCUUCGGAUGGAGUGAUACAUCUGGCUUUUGUCCACGACUUCUCCAACCUCGAUAGAGUCUGCAACAUCGACCAAGCAGCAAUCAAAGCCAUGGGCGAGGGGUUGGCCGGCUCGAACAAGCCACUGAUUGUAGUGUCUGGCACCCUCGGAUUCCCCAAAGGCCAAUUGGCAACCGAAGAUACUGAGAUUGAACGAGGCACUCCACUCUCCAAACGCGGCGAAUCGCAGGAUUUGGUGAAGCAGCUCUCGAAAGACAUCGGGAUCCGUGGCAUGGCAAUCAACUUGACACCGACUGUCCAUGGUAGAGGUGAUAAGGGAUUUGUUCCCACUCUUAUUGAUGCCGCAAAGAAGAAUGGAUACGCAACCUACAUCGGCGACGGCUCCAAUGUCUGGCCGGCAGGACACCGACUCGACGCUGCAGUGCUCCUGCGCCUCGCUUUUGAGAAAGGCAGGGCUGGUGCAGUCUACAAUGCAGUGGCCGAGCAGGGUGUUAGCCACAAGGAUAUCGCGGAGGUCAUUUCGAAGAGGCUCGGCAUCCCAGCCGAAAGCAAGAAGCCGGAGGAGGCGAUGCAGACGCUGGGCUUUCUCGGUGCGGUCAUUGGAUUGAACAAUCCUACGUCUGGCGAGAAGACGCAGAAAGAAUUGGGCUGGGAACCGAAGCAGAUUGGCCUCUUGCAGGACAUGGAGGAGAACUACUUCAUUCCCGGUGCGGGAAGCAAGUACGUCCAGGGCUUGUAA